AUGUCGGAAACGCACGGUGAUUACCAGAAGGUGAUCUAUACCAAUGGAAUGCACCAUAACCUGCGACCUGGGGUCACAACCGAUCCUCGACGCCUUGAGGCACAGGCGCGCCAAACAUUAAACAAAAAGUCGUUUGAUUAUAUCAGAGGCGGCGCUGGAGGAAAAUCUACGAUGGCCAGGAACCGGUCGGCAUUUGACCAGUGGACGCUAAUCCCCAGAAUGCUUACCACUGUCAGUGUAUCCGCUCUUGCUCCUCGAGUCAAUCCAUCCUGA